GUCAGGGCUGGCUGAUAAGACUCUCUUCAACACUGCUUCUGCUUAGAUUUUCUAAUCAGUGGAGAGGCUGCUGGCAUUGUGUGUGAGGUCUCAAAACAAGAACACCAGAUUUGAUACCUGCAUAGAAUCCACUACCAGUCCAAGUGACAGGGUUUCAUCAUGGGGAAAGGCUUCCUCUUAGGCUGCGUGACCGUGGCCUUGCUCAUUCAGCUGUCCUCUGCUGGCCUGGUCAAGAAGGUCAUCCGCCACCGCAGAGAGGCUCUGAUGCCUAAGAAAACCCAGGAGAACCUCACACUGCCCCACCCUGACCAGCCGGUAGUGUUUAACCAUGUCUACAACAUCAACGUCCCCUCCACGUCCCUCUGCUCAGUGGACCUCGACUCACCUGGAGACACCGAGCUCAAACACAAGAGCAGCCCAGUGGACAUGCAGAACACUGAGCACAUGGAGCACACGGUGGACGGUGACAAUCAGAUCGUUUUCACCCACCGCAUCAAUAUCCCCAAGCAGGCGUGUGGCUGCGACAACCAGCUGCCAGACAUCAAAGAUAUCCUGAACAGGCUGGAGAUGCUGGAGUCAGAGCUGUCUAGUCUGAGAGAGCAGUGCGGCAGUGGGGCAGGCUGCUGUGGAGCUCAGGUUACAGGUGAAGUGUCCACAAAGCCCUACUGUAAUGGUCGUGGGAACUGGAGCACUGACACCUGCAGCUGUGUAUGCGAGCCUGGAUGGAAGGGCCCCAACUGUACCGAACCUGAGUGCCCCAAUGACUGCCAGGACCAGGGCCGCUGUGUUGAUGGAAAAUGUGAAUGCUUUGAGGGCUUUGGUGGGGACGACUGUGGUAUUGAGCUUUGCCUGCUGGACUGCGGCGACUACGGCCACUGCGUCGAAGGGUCCUGCAUCUGUGAGGAGGGCUUCAUCGGUGAGGACUGCACCCAGACCAACUGCCUCAAUAACUGCCUGGGCCGUGGACGCUGCAUGGACGAUGAGUGUGUUUGCGAUGAGCCGUGGACAGGCUUUGACUGCUCUGAACUCAUCUGUCCAAACGACUGCUAUGACCGCGGACGCUGCAUCAAUGGCACCUGCUACUGUGAGGACGGCUACACUGGAGAAGACUGUGGUGAGCUCACUUGUCCUGGCAACUGUAACAGUCGUGGCAUGUGUGUGAAUGGCCAGUGUGUUUGUCAGACCGGCUACAGUGGAGAGGACUGCUCAAAGAUCACCUGUCCCAAAAACUGCAACGAGAGAGGCCAUUGCUUCAACGGGAAGUGCAUCUGUGAUCCAGGAUUUGAGGGUGAAGAUUGCUCCAUUCUCUCAUGCCCUGACAACUGCAGCAACAGGGGCCAGUGCAUCAACGGAGAAUGUGUAUGCGACAUAGGAUACCAAGGCGAGGACUGUAGCGAGCUCUCCUGCCCUAACAAUUGCCAAGACCGUGGUCGCUGUGUUGAUGGGCAGUGCGUAUGCAACAAAGGCUAUGCCGGGGAAGACUGCAGCAUCAAGACCUGUCCAAAAGACUGCAUGGGACGUGGGGAGUGUGUGGACGGCAAGUGCGUGUGCUUCGUUGGCUUCACGGGUAAGGACUGCGGUGAGCUGACCUGCCCCAAUGACUGUCUGGACCGCGGCCACUGUGUCAACGGACAAUGCGUUUGUCAUAAGGGUUUCACUGGAGAAGACUGCAGCGAGAAGACAUGUCCCAAAAACUGUCUAGACAGAGGUUACUGUGUCGAUGGCAACUGUGUGUGUUAUGACGGUUUCACCGGGCCAGACUGCUCCGUACUGACCUGCCCAGGGGACUGCCAGAACCAGGGACGCUGUGAGAACGGAGCGUGUGUCUGUGAUGAGGGCUUCAUUGGGGAGGACUGCUCUGAGGUGUCACCACCCAAAGACCUAACGGUGGUGGAGGUCACCCCAGAGUCGGUGGACCUGUCCUGGGAGAAUGAGAUGCGUGUGACAGAGUACCUGGUCACCUACGUGCCCACAGCCACUGGAGGUCUGGAGCUGGACAUGCGGGUGCCUGGGGACCAGAAGAUGGCCACUCUUCGGGAGCUUGAACCUGGUGUGGAGUACCUAAUCAGCGUCUAUGCUAUUCUGAACAACAAGAGGAGCAUUCCUGUCAGUGCUAGAGUGGCGACGCAUCUUCCGGAGCCUGAGGGACUCAAGUUCAAAUCAGUUCGAGAGACAUCGGUGGAGGUGCAGUGGGACCCAUUGGACAUUCCCUUUGAUGGCUGGAACCUCAUCUUCAGAAACACUAAAGAGGACGAUGGUGAGAUUCUGAACUCCCUCGGCCGUCCAGAGACCACCUUUGAGCAGUCGGGCCUGGGCCCUGGCCUGGAGUACGAGGUCAAACUGGAGGUGGUGAAGAACAACAAGCAUGGACCGCCUGCCACCAAGAACGUCGUCACAAGGAUUGAUGCCCCCAGCCGGGUGGACGUGCGUGACGUGACCGACACUACAGCAUUGGUGACCUGGUUCCAGCCCGUGGCCGAGGUGGACGGGGUCAGUGUGUCGUACGGGCCCAGCUCCAGUCCUGCUGAUCGCACCGUGGUUGAGCUGUCCUCCACUGACACCCAGUACCACCUGGGAGGCCUCGCCCCCGACACUCAGUAUGAGGUGUCUCUGACGGCUCGGAGGGGAGAACAGACCAGCAUUCCUGUCUACGAGUCCUUCCUCACAGACCUGGAUGCCCCCAGAGACCUUCAGACAGUUGAGCUGACAGACGAGAGCAUCACUCUUGAGUGGAAGAACAGCAAAGCUCGGGUGGACAACUAUCGCAUCAAGUACGGACCUCUGUCUGGAGGCGAGCACGGAGAGCUGCUUUUCCCCCCAGGACCCAAAGAGACUACACAGGCCAAGAUCACUGGCCUGAGACCCGGCACAGAGUACGGGAUGGGAGUGACAGCAGUGAAAGACGAACGGGAGAGUCUGCCGACGACCACCAACGCAGUGACUGCCUUGGAUGCUCCCAAAGACUUGACUGUUGUAGAGGUGACAGAGACCACCAUGAUCCUAGAGUGGAAGCGCCCCCUAGCCAAAAUGGACUCCUACAGGCUGGUCUACGUUUCCGCCGAUGGCCACAGGGCUGAGGAAGUGAUCCCAGGCAGCUCUGAGUCUCACACCCUGAGAGGCCUGACACCCGGCAUGCUGUACACCAUCAGCAUCAUCGCUGAGAGGGGCCGCAGGACCAGCGCACCAGCCACCAUCUCAGCACCCACAGAGGAGGAGAAACCCGUGGUGAAUAACAUCACCAUCACCGACGUGUCAUGGGACAGCUUCACCCUGUCCUGGUCUUCUGAGGACGAGGCGUUUGAGGCCUUUCUGAUCGAGGUUACCGACGCAGAGACGGGCACUGAGUGGCAAAACCACACGGUGGCCGCCGAUGCGCGCAGCCUCGCCAUCUCUGGCCUCAUGCCCAGCACCUGGUACAGGGCCAAUCUGUACGGGAUGUACAGGGGGGCCUUCUUAGACCCCGUGUUUGCAGACACUAUCACAGAGGCCGAACCAGAGGUGCAGGCUCUCCUAGUCUCCGACAUCACCCCUGAGAGCUUUAGGCUGGCCUGGGAGGCUGAAGAGGACGCCUUCGACACGUUCGUCAUAAUGGUCAGCCAGGCUGAGGGCCCAGGCCAAUCACAAGAGCUGGUGCUGGGUGGCGAGGAGCGAAGCACAGCAAUGACAGAUCUCACUGAGGACACGGAGUACAAAAUUGAAAUCUUUGGGCUCAUUUUGGGAAGACGCUCCAAGUCUGUAAUGGAGGGGGUGAGAACAGACCUGGGAUCACCCAAGGGCAUUCGCUUCUCUGAUGUCACCGACACAUCUGCCACCGUUCACUGGGUGGUUCCAAGAGCUCGGGUGGACAGCUACCGGGUCACUUAUGUGCCCGCUCAUGGAGGAAACGCUAAGACUCUGACCGUGGACGGCUCUGAGUCUCAGACUGUGCUGUCCAACCUGACGCCCGGGGUCACCUACGAGGUCACUGUUGUUGCUCUCAAGGGUCAAAGGGAGAGUGAGCCUGGGUCUGACAGCGUCACCACAGCUCUGGAUAAACCCCGCGGUCUGACUGCAGUCAACAUCACAGACACUGAAGCUCUGUUGCUCUGGCAGCCCGCCAUCGCUACUGUUGAUGGCUACGUCAUCACCUACAGUGCAGACUCAGUGGCUCCAGUGAUGGAGCGUGUGUCAGGAAACGUGGUGGAGUUUGAGAUGGGCUCUCUGACGCCAGCCACACACUACACCGUGAAGGUCUACGCUGUGAGAGACUUGGCCAAGAGCGCAGCCACUACAACUGAGUUUACCACCGAUGUGGAUGCCCCUCAGGACCUGGCAGCCAGUAACAUCCAGACGGAGACCAGCAUGCUGACCUGGAGGCCGCCUCGCGCUGACAUCACCGGGUACAUCCUCAGCUUUGAGUCUGCAGAUGGCACUGUCCGGGAGGUGGUCCUGAGUCCCACUGCUGUCUCCUAUAACAUGGCUCAGCUCAGCGCCUCCACAGAGUACUCAGUCAAGCUGCAGGCCAUCGCUGGUCCCAAGAGAAGCAGAGUCAUCACCACUGUCUUCACCACCACUGGUGUUCUGUACAAACACCCCAAGGACUGCUCCCAGGCUCUGCUGAAUGGCGACACCUCGUCAGGCUUGUACACCAUCUAUCUGGGUGGAGAUGAGAGCCAGCCCCUCCAGGUCUACUGCGACAUGAGCACAGACGGAGGUGGAUGGAUCAUUUUCCUCAGACGCCAGAGUGGAAGACUGGAGUUCUUCCGCAACUGGAAGAAUUACACUGCUGGCUUCGGGGACAUGAAUGAUGAAUUCUGGCUGGGUCUGUCCAACCUGCAUAAGAUCACAGCUGGAGGUCAAUAUGAGCUGCGAGUCGACCUGAGAGAUAAGGGAGAAACAGCCUACGCUCAGUACGACAAGUUCUCCGUUUCUGAACCUCGGACACGCUACAAGGUCCACGUAGGAGGAUACAGUGGAACAGCAGGUGACUCUAUGACCUACCACCAUGGUCGUCCAUUCUCCACUUAUGACCACGACAAUGACAUCGCUGUCACCAACUGUGCCCUGUCCUAUAAGGGCGCCUUCUGGUAUAAAAACUGCCACCGUGUCAACCUCAUGGGACGAUAUGGCGAUAACAGUCACAGCAAGGGCGUGAACUGGUUCCACUGGAAAGGCCACGAGCACUCAAUCGAGUUUGCCGAGAUGAAGAUUCGACCAUCCAACUUCAGAAACCUGGAAGGAAGGAGGAAACGAUCAUAAACGCUCCACCGCCACCAACAACAACAACUCUGCUACUAUUCUGUCUGGACUCCCCAUAAACCAUCUGGACUCCCACAACCCCACCCACCCUCCCACCCUGCAGCGACCAAAGCCACUGCCAAGAGCCCUGCUGUCUCCGCGCAGACCAACACACCAUCUUUCCUCCCAUUUGCUCACAGAUCAGCCUCCACUCCCUGCCCCCCUCUCUCCUGUGAUGCGGUUGUGGAAAUGCUGCUAGUGCGGAAAUUGAAGUGCAUGUUACAAACUGGACUUAAACCAAGCCCACACAGAUUCUACUCACGCACCAAAGAGAGCAAAAACAACUCCAUCACACCUGAUUAUGAUCCUGAUCUCUUGUCUUGCAGCAUUUGUGGAGAGGCGUGUGUGCAGCUUGGGCAUUAUGUUGUGUACAGUAAUUAAUACAAUUCCCUAUUUCACACCCAAGCCACGUUUAGUUUUGGGGUUUCACAGAAAGGACAGGCUAUUUAUAGUACAAUGUGGUCUUAUUUAGGGCCUAAAAACCAACAAUACAGUGAUAAUCCAACUGGAUUAUCAUAGAAAUCCUAUUCCCUGUACAGUACUGUACAUGUAUACAUCUGAUUGAAAGAUUUGAAAAGGGAUAUUUCUCAGAUGGCACUGCUCAGAUGUCAGAUAUCUCCAUCUAACUUGCCAUUUGUUUGUCUUUGUGCAACUUAACUCGUCUCAGUGUCACUUUAUCCUCCCCGGGUUCCCUCAUCUCCCUCAACACAAGCCAACAUCUGAAGUGAUAGAGAUGGAAAUGAAAAGAGAAAAAAAAAAUCCUAUGGAAAAGUAUUUUUACCCACCACAUCCCAUGUCCAUGUGGAUGGCAGUGUUUUCCAUUCAUUAUGUGAGCCCCUGAAGGCAUCAUGCUACAGCCACAGUAUUGUGUUUUAAAAAGCUAAAAGAACAGAGAAAAGAAAAGCUGAUGUGUUUUCAUUUGUUUUGUUUGUUCGAUGAAUCCGAGGCAGGACCUAUUAUUCAGUAUAUAAUGAAAUGCGGUGAUUACAUUUUCUUUCUUUCUUUUUUUGCAAAAUGUGAAUACAGUACAUACAGUAUAUGUGGAACAAGAGAAUGUUAUGUGUUGUUGACACAAAAGAUGUUGAUGCUCAGAACAUAAAAAAGGCCAACUCCAUAUGAAUUCCAGUGGACAUAGUAAGGUCACUAUGAUUAUGUUGAUGAAACUAGUGUUUGGACAGGCCAAAAUUAGAGAGCUAGUAACUGUUUUCAACCCCACCCAAUCCCAACCCUCCCCGUCCCCUGCUCUGGCAGGAUACUAAACCACUGACCCUCUAGAGAAUGCCUGUUUAAAUUAAGUUUGUUUUUAUUGUUUUGAUUGUUUAUAACUGGGUGAACAACAGGUGU